AUGACCCAUGUUCGCGAUAUGUCAAUUUGGGUGCCACGAGUGGACGGUGGUUGGGGCUGGAUCGUGGUACUUGGGUCGUUCUUGAUACAUGUAUUCGCUGAUGGUAUUGUGUACUCGUUUGGAAUUCUUCUCAACAUUUUCAUGACCGAGUUCAAUUCUGACAACGCAGAGACGUCAUUGAUUGUUGGACUUUUAGCAGGAAUAACGUUGUCUGUCGGACCUAUAGCAUCAGCAUUUGCUAAUAGAUUUGGUUGCCGUCUGACCACAAUAGUUGGAUGCCUAGCUUCAUUAAGGGCUACCUCGGUAAAGUACUUGUGGGUUUCAGUAGGAUGUGUGAUGGGCUGUGGAGCUGGAUUCAUGUACUGCCCAGCGAUUAUUAUUGUUACAGUUUAUUUUGAAAAGAAGAGAGCUAUGGCAACAGGAAUUGCUGUCUGUGGAGCUGGAGUAGGCACUCUAGUUUUUGCACCGCUCGCAGCAAAAGCUAUCACCAUAUGGGGUUGGCAUGGGGCUUUCUACCUCUACACAGUUGUUUUGAUUCUUUGUGCCUUAUGUGGAAGCACUUUCCGCCCAUUGCCUUUCGUGAAAGUUGAGGAUCAGGACAAAAGUAUCGAAGAGAAGAAAGGAGAACUUAAGGCGGUUAAAGCUGAUGUUAAUGCAGGUGGAGAUGUUUCACACAAGGUAGACUGGUUUUUAUCUGGGCUAAGAAGUCUAAGUCUCUGUUUGACAUCAGUUCGCGUCCUACUGUCAUGGAGUCUACUGGAUGUUUUUUAUACUGGAUCUGUAACGUCUUUACCAAGAAAAAAUCAUGAGAAAUUUCGAUCUUUGACUAUGCUGAAAGAAGAUAACACAGCUUUAGAUGGGGUUGCUGACAAGAAUGCGAAUGGAUAUGUUUCACAAGAAAGAAAUAGAAUGCGAGAAAUCUUUAGGUCUUUAGCAGGCACCUUUUUUGUUGUUGUAGAUAUAUUGGACUUAACACUACUAGCCGACCCUAUAUUCAUGUUGUUUGCAAUAUCCAACUUUCUAACCAGCAUUGGUUUUAACGCCCCGUUGAUGUUUAUCCCAGCCCAUGCAGAAAAUAUGGGUGUGACGCCUGCAAAUGCUGCGUACCUCUUGAGUGCUUUUGGAGCUUUUAAUACUAUUGGUAGGGUAUUGUUUGGUAUUGUUUCGGAUCGAAAAUUACCCACUAAAUUUGGUAAGGACGUCAAAAGGAAUCGUCUCUGGAUUUAUAUUGUGUCACUUUGCAUUUGUGGAAUGGUCACCUGUUUUGUAUUCGUCUACAAGUCUUACAUGAACCUUCUGGUGUACGCAGCAAUAUUCGGCCUAACAAUCUCUUCAUAUGUCUGUCUGACUUCUGUUCUUCUUGUGGAUCUGCUCGGCUUGGACAAGUUGACCAGUGCAUUCGGCAUUCUACUCUUAUUCCAAGGCUUAGCAACUUUCAUUGGACCGUACGUGUCAGGAAAGUUGGCAGAUAUAAUGGACAAGAGUUACGACCUCACUUUCGUUUUUUGCGGCGUAUGUCUUCUGAUGUCAGGAGCGAUGCUCUUCGCCAUAUACCCGCUCCGGAAACGGCAAAGACAGUCCGAAAACGUUAAAAAAGCAGAUGUCCUAUAG